AUGGGCGUUGCUGAUUUAAUCAAGAAAUUUGAAAAAAUCUCAAACAAAAAAGAUGACGCUACUGUAGAUACUACCGUAGAUAUGAGCAGCCACUCAAAGUCAGGUAACUCUGACGACAGUGCCAACGAAACGGAAAGCCAAGAAUCUCAUCUCGCCUCUCAAAAAGAUAAUGUAAGCGGUAAAGAUGAGAGUGAAUCGCAAAUCGCAAAUGAAGAUACACCAGCAGAAGAAUCUUUGAAAACAAAGUCUCAAAAAUCUGAAACAAGUGAAGGACACGAAGAAGAGAGUUCUAGAGGGCAAAAGGAAGAGAGUUCUGAAAGCGAGGAAAAAGUGAGUUCCAAAAGCGAGAGGGAAUUGGGUUCCAAAAACCAGAGCACCGAUACUAACGGCAGUGAUCCUCAAGAACCUAAGGAAAGUAACGAGAUUGGCGCUGAAUUUUCUGAAAAUAGUAUUGAGGAAUCCAUUAAUAUUAAAGAGGACUUGGCCAAGAAAAAUGAGGAGAAUGCUGCUUCCAAGCAAGAGAGAAACGAACAACAAGAUAAAUCCAAAGAAAAUUUCUCGGAGGAUGUAUCUAUACCAGUUGAAGAACAGUCUCAGUCCGAAGAGCAUGCUCAUAUUGACCUAUCCAAUAGUGAAGAAACUCAAAAUGAUGAAGACACUUCUCAAAAACUCAACGAUAAUACUACAGUUGCCACGAUUUCUAAGAACAAGAAAAAAAAAAACAGAAAAAAAAACAAGAAGAAGAAGAAUGCCAACGCCGACGCCAAUGCCGAAGUCAGCACCAGUACCGACACCAAGGAAAGUGGUGAUACAUUCAGCGAUAAUGCCAAUACCGUGCAAGACAUCACGUCAUCAACAAGCUCCGUAGUUCAGGAAGUGAACAAUUUGGAAGUUGUUGAUGACCUUUGUCUUGGCAUUGAUCAACAGCAUAAUAAAGACCAUUUAGAAGCACUAACCCAAGACGUUAAAGAAGAAACAUUAGAAAGCAUUGCUCAUGAGGGAAGGAGAGCUGAUACAGACGAUCAGAAUGCAACGGAAAAAUCCGAUUUAGAAAAAUCCGAUACAGAGAGCUCAAGAAUAGGCCGCGACUUGCCAUUCGAAUUUGGAAAACGUACUCUAACCGGAGAAUCAGACGUUUGGGAUCAUAACGCUUGGGAUAAUGUCGAAUGGGGUGAAGAACAAGUUCAACAGGCGGAGGAAAAAAUCAAAGAACAGUUUAAGCAUCCUGUUCCCGAUUUUGACAAAAAGUUAUACAACGAGAAUCCAGCACGCUACUGGGACAUUUUCUAUAAAAACAACAAAGAAAACUUCUUCAAGGACAGAAAGUGGCUACAGAUUGAAUUUCCAAUCUUAUAUGCAUCUACCAGAAAAGAUGCAGAUCCGGUCACAAUUUUUGAAAUUGGCUGUGGCGCAGGCAACACCUUUUUCCCAAUUUUGAACGAUAAUGAAAAUGAAAACUUGAGAAUAAUAGCCGCCGAUUUUGCUCCAAGAGCAGUCGAAUUAGUGAAAAAGUCUGAACAGUUCAACCCCAAGUACGGCCAUGCCACAGUGUGGGAUUUGGCCAACACUAAUGGUGACUUACCUGAUGGUGUCGAACCUCAUUCAGUGGAUAUUGCAGUAAUGAUUUUUGUCUUUAGCGCUUUAGCUCCGAAUCAAUGGGAUCAAGCCAUGGACAACCUUCACCAAAUUUUGAAACCUGGAGGCAAGAUCAUAUUCCGUGAUUACGGUGCUUAUGAUUUAACUCAAGUUCGAUUCAAAAAGAACAGGAUUUUAGAAGAAAACUUCUACGUUAGAGGUGAUGGUACUAGAGUUUAUUUUUUUUCUGAAGAAAGAUUGAGAGAAGUUUUCACCAAAAAGUAUUUCCUAUAUAAUAAAAUCGGGACUGAUCGAAGAUUAUUAGUUAACAGGAAAAGACAGCUAAAGAUGUACCGCUGCUGGGUACAAGCCGUUUUUGAUGUUCCUCAAUAG